AGGGGCCAUACGGGGUCUUUGCCGGAAGAGAUGCAUCCAGGGGCCUUGCCACAUUUUGCCUGGAUAAAGAAGCACUGAAGGAUGAGUAUGACGACCUUUCUGACCUCACUGCUGCCCAGCAGGAGACCCUGAGUGACUGGGAAUCUCAGUUCACUUUCAAGUAUCAUCAUGUGGGUAAGCUGCUGAAGGAAGGGGAGGAGCCGACUGUGUACUCAGAUGAUGAAGACCCAAAAGAUGAGAAUGCUCGGAAAAAUGAUUAAAGCAUUCAGUGGACGCAUAUCUAUUUUUGUAUUUUGCAAAAUCAUUUGUAACAUUCGAGUCUGUCUGUCUUUAAAACAUAGUGAUUUCAAUAUUUAGAAAAGUUUUGAACUUGCUGUAAUUUUUUGUUAAUUAAUAUCACUAGUGACACUGGUAAAAUUGUCUUAGAAUGCAUGAUACGUUUGUGUCACAAAUCCAGGAAGUGAACUGCAGUGCUGCCAUGCAACUGUUAAUGCUGUUUUUCUUCUAUCUGUAGUUAGAACAAGCCGAAUUGCAAUUUGAUUUUCCCGAGAAAGAGAAAAGACUUGGGUAUUUCCACAAACUAUUCAAAAUGGUAAAUGUACUAAGAGUGAAGAAGGAUCAACUUCUAGUUUUGCUGUUCUCUAAAAACAAGCCCAUUUUCCUCAUUUGACCUAACUGCAUGAUUUCUGUUUUAUCUACCUCUAAAGCAAAUCUGCAGUGUUCCAAAAGCUAUGGUAUUGAUUCAAGAGAGUAGUCCAGUAACAAAAUGAAAAUGUUAUGUCUGGCUUAAUUGGGACAAACACAUUUCCCGUGUUUCUGGGCCGAUUUAACUGUCCUUGUCCUUGUUGUGGACACUCUCAACACAUACAGUAACUCUCUCACACAUAGUAAUUGACAGUUGGGACUAAAACAGCAUCUGAACAUUCAAAGUGUAGAGCUUUGCAAAAAAACCAAAAAACAAAAAAAACCCUAAACACAUGAGGAUCAUGGGUCUGGCUUCCCAGUUGUAUUGCUUAUAUCAGGGCAAUGGUUAUGUGGUUAUUUGACCAGAUGUGAAAUUUGAGAGGAACAUACAGGGCAGGAAUAGGUGUGUGCUUUUCAGAAAGUCUCCUCCGUCAUCUCUGAAGAAUGCGAAAACACUACAUGGCAUUAGCUGAGUGAUUUUUAAAGGAAAAUACAUUCCUAAGGUAACAGGUAGAUCUUUCUGGUGUUACAAAAUUGUAGUCACUUCAAAAGUAGUAGUCAAGUGUCUAGGUCUUGGAUAAUACUCUUUUGGCUAAUACUAAACCUAGCUUAAGUAGACUCUACAGUUGUAUAAAUUUGUAAAAGUAUUAUAUGAACAACUAGUGAGGUUUCAAACUCUUGUAAUUGUAGUUAAAUAGUCAUUGUAUUUUCUUGUGAGCCGUGUUUAAUGGUUUUACCUCAAAUCAGAAAACAAAAUGAAGUGUUUGGGUCAGUUAAUAAAAAGGUUUUAAGCAGUA